AUGAGCGAACGUCCUCAUUGUGAUCGCCAGCCGGUUUUUUCGAAUAUAGAAAGUUUCUUCUGGUUUUUUUUUCAGGCAGAGUCAUACGUGUGUACGGCCGUGCCAUUGGAUCUAGAAAGAGAGCACUAUCUGACCGGAUAUAAAACCAAUGUCGAGUCUCACAACGCUCAUCACAUUCUCCUAUUCGGCUGUGACGAACCAGGAAGUGAUGACGAAGUCUGGGAUUGCGGAGAAAUGACGACAAUACCAGAUGGACUGGAAAGAGCACCCACCUGCAAAUCAAAUCCGGCCAUCCUUUACGCAUGGGCGAAGCAUGCUCCCGAUCUACAUCUACCCAAAGGUGUCGCGUUCCGUGUGGGCGGAGACUCUGGUAUCAACUAUCUUGUCAUGCAGGUGCACUACAUGGAAGAUCGUGAUGAACCAGAUCAAAGCGGAGUAACGGUGCAGCACACCGAAGAAAUGCAACCGAAGACUGCUGCAACAAUGCUGCUUGUUACCGGAGGACUCCUCCCACCGAAAAGUAUAGAAUCGUUCGAAACUGCUUGCGUCAUCGACGAGGACGUCGUACUACAUCCGUUCGCAUUCCGCACACAUUCGCAUCGUCACGGGGUCGAAAUCUCUGGAUGGGUUGUUAAUGAGGACGAGAACGGUGACGAUGAAUGGUUUUUAAUUGGUAAACGCAAUCCGCAGCUGCCGCAAAUGUUCGCACCAGUACAAAAUAACUCGUUGGUGAUCCGUCAAGGAGAUAUUGUUGCUGCCAGAUGUAUUCUGAAAAACGACGAAAAUCGUGUGGUAGAGAUGGGUGCGACUGCGGAGGAUGAGAUGUGCAAUCUGUACGUGAUGUACUGGACGGAUGGUGACCGGGUGCUAAGAGACAACACAUGCUUCUCUCCGGGUGCUCCGCUCUAUCAUUGGAGCUCUGAAGCCGGACUAAAUCAUAUUCCAAAAUAA